GUAGUUUAUGUCGAUCGAGAUUGUCGAGUCACAAUACAACCCAAUAACAUGCGUGGUGGACUGGUGGUUGAAGAACCAAACCAUGCCGCCCUCUGAUCGGUCGCGUUUCACUAUUUAUUCGUAUUCGGAUUGGUAAGUAGAGUUAGUUUCCUAAUGAACGGCAUCCUGGCCAGAUCACCUGCGCUUCAGCAUAUUUUAGAGUAGCCUUAUAGUUCGAGACGACAAAAUACAAUUUGAAGCUGCAGUUAAGUGCAUAAACAAUUGCGGACAUCAAAAACGAUGCCGCCGACAAUCCAGAACGGCGCAGCCGACAAGCGCGGCGCGGUGAGACCGACGGAAAAGAGAUUGGAGCUGAUUUGUAAGGUCAAGUACUGCAACACACUGCCCGACAUCGCUUUUGAUCCAAAGUUCAUUAGCUACCCCUUUGAAUCCACAAGGUUUAUACAGUACAAUCCAACAUCGUUGGAGCGCAACUACAAGUAUGAAGUACUCACUGAGCAUGAUUUGGGAGUACCAAUUGACCUUAUUAAUAGGGACACAUAUGCCUGUGAUCCCAAGAUCCCAUAUGAGAUGGAUCCAUUAGAUGAAAAGUUACUGGAAGAAGAUGUGAUCACACAGCAAGAUUCAAAAAGAUCCAAGCAUCACGCCAAGAGUGUGUCCUGGCUCAGGCGCACUGAGUAUAUCUCCACAGAACAAACCCGCUUCCAGCCGCAAACUACUUCAGACAAAGUGGAAGCCAAGGUUGGGCAUAAUAUUAAGAAACACUUCAAGGAAGAGACAUUGUACAUGGAUCGGGAUUCUCAAAUUCGAGCUAUUGAGAAGACAUUCGAAGACAAUAAGAAGCCUAUUGAAACGCACUACAGUAAACCAAACGUUACGCCAGUAGAAGUCUUUCCUAUUUAUCCAGACUUCAAGAUAUGGAAAUAUCCUUGUGCACAAGUAAUAUUCGACUCUGAUCCAGCUCCAAUGGGACUGUCUGUGCCGGCACAGAUUGAGGAAAUGUCACAGGCUAUGAUUAGGGGUGUGAUGGACGAAAGUGGAGAGCAAUUCGUGGCUUACUUCCUACCGUUGGAAGAGACUCUGGAAAAGAGAAAGAGGGACUUUUGCUCAGGAAUCGAUUAUGCCGACGAAGACGAGUACGAAUACAAAAUGGCCCGAGAAUACAAUUGGAACGUCAAGAGUAAAGCUUCUAAAGGUUACGAAGAGAAUUAUUUCCUGGUUAUGCGCGAAGAUGGAGUUUAUUACAAUGAGUUGGAAACUCGCGUCAGACUGAGCAAACGAAGACAAAAAGUUGGCGCACCUGUUAAUAAUACGAGAUUGGUGGUACGUCAUCGACCGUUGAACGCAAAUGAAUACAAGAUGCAGAGGUUCCGCGAGAAGCAACUUGAGCCUCCUUGCGAGGACGAUGAAGAAGAGGAAGAGGAGGAGGAGGAAGAGGAGGAAGCAGAGACUCAGAAGAACGACGAGAAAAAUGAAGAUAAAGACGGCUCUGAUAAUGAAGAAAAUGAUGAAAAAGAAGGCAAAGAGAACGGUUCGCGCGCUUCAUCCCGAGCCUCUUCUCGUGCAUCCAGUCGCAAGUCCCGCUCCAAAUCUGCAUCUCGUUCCAAGUCCAGAUCUCGAUCUCCGUCCAAGGCCCGUUCGACACGUUCAGCCCGUUCAGCUCGCUCCGAACGCAGUCAGUCAAAAUCCCAGUCUCGAUCGCGAUCACGUUCACGUUCCCAGUCCGGAUCGCGCUCAAGAUCUGGUUCCCCUGCCAAGUCCGAGUCACGCUCUAGAUCGGGCUCGCCUGCCAAGUCUGCUGCCUCGCGAUCUAGGUCAGGAUCUCCGGCUGACUUUCGAUCUAGAUCAGGAUCACGGGCCAAGUCGAAAUCGAGAUCGCGUUCCAGGUCCAAAUCAAAAUCCAAAUCGAGGUCGAGAUCGAGGUCGGCCUCGGGUAGUGAAGCUGGAAGCGGAAGCGAGGCAGAGGGAAGUGGUAGCGGGAGCGGUAGUGGAAGCGGUAGUGGUAGUGACAGUGGAUCUGACAGCGAGUAAAAGAAGAAUAGGAUUCCGGUUUUGGACGCCGAGUCUACCUUCGUUUCUGUGCGCAAGAGUGCCGGUUGCUUCCUUCCAACUGGGAAUUGAUCGGGAUUCUCCCUUUUCUUGCUUCGGGCGACUUAUUUUAAACAAUAUUUCCGUCGAAAAUAUCAAGAAUCUAGUAUAAAUUGAAGCUUAGAAUCUAGUCUGGGUACGUGGCCUGAUGCCGAUAACCCAAAACGGAAGAAUAAUUUUAACAAUAGGACAAUAAUUCAUAAAAUUUAUGGAUAUUAUUCGCAAUUUUAUACAUUAAAAAGAAUUAAAGGCCAAAAUGAUUUAUUUCUUUAUAUCUGUAGUCUUUUUUGAAGUAUAAUUUUUUUCACCGCGCAGUAUUAUUAUUUUUUUAUUUAUUUAAUUUCAACAUUGAUCUGGUUCAUUAAACCAUCAUAGUAAUUAAAUUGAUCGCCUUGAUUAAUAUUACUCACGAUAAAAGGUUUCUGAAAGAAACUAUAGUUUUGUACUAUAUUGUUAGUAAAAAAGAAUUUUCUGAUAAAUUAUCUACAAGAUCUGCCAACCACGAGAGGUAAAACUGCAACGCGCUUACUGUAUCUACAUCCUAUCUAGCAUUUAUCUACGAUCCAAGUGUGAGCAGUUUGCAAUACUCUAACAACGUAAUUGUGCAAUUACAUGCAACAGUUGGAACAGAACCACCACUUUGAUUGAUAACACUUGUAUUUUAUGUAUCGUUCCGAUAUUUGAAGUAUAAAUCAUUUCGUAACAAGUAAAACAAGAUUUAACGAACGAUCAAAAAAUGAAUAAAAAUGUCAAGGAAAGCUCGGCGCGAAAACGUAAAAAUAGUGAUGACUUCGUUAACUCUCCAAGUACCUCCAGCAUAUCCACCAAGGACGAAUCACCUCCACAGAGCUUACCGGACCAACCAGAUAAGUUACUUGGCUUGGAAAAUAAACUUUCGAAGAAAAUUCAAACAUUACUGCCUAGAUUCAAACAGUAUAUCGUCUACAAUCCUUUGGAAUACGCCGCACAAGUUCACGCCACGUACGUGAACAGUUAUUGCAAGUCAAGCAAAAAAAUUCUUAUAAUCGGAGAAAAUCCCGGCCCUUGGGGCAUGUGUCAGACGGGUGUUCCGUUUGGCGAAAUAGAUGCCGUGAGAGAUUGGCUCCAAAUAUCGGGUCCAGUUGGAAAACCACCUGAGGAACAUCCUAAAAAAUUAAUUCUGGGUUUUGAUUGUCAUAGACGUGAGCAAAGUGGUAAAAGAUUGUUCGGAUAUUUUCGUGAAUUGUGCGGAAGCGCCGAUAAUUUUUUAAAACAUACAUUUUUGUACAACUACUGUCCAAUUACCUUGUUGAACAGAGAAGGCGGCAAGUAUGUUAAUCUGAAGGAAUUGAAGGCAAUAAAUAUAAUAGUGAUACAUUUUUCAUCUAUAUACAGUUUUUUCUUAUAGAAGAUUCAAAAAUGUAUGUUAUAGAAAAAGGAUAAUGAAGAGUUAUUCUCUGCGUGCGAUGAUACACUGAUCGAUGUAAUAAAGUUACUUGGAAUCGAGCUUAUCUUAGCUAUGGGAAAUUUCGCAGAACAAAGGGCAAAAGCUGCUCUUGAAAAAGCUCUCGACGCGGGCGAUAACCUAUUAGACGUCGACUCAAUCGUACAAGUUGAUUUUAUAUUUAAUUAACUUAUAAAGGUGUAAAUUUAACACUAAAUAUUUUGUAAUAAUUACAGCGCGUGUUGCGUGUGCCACAUCCUAGCCCCAUGUCGCAAUAUGUACGAAAGGGAAAAUGGAAUGAAAUGGUCAAUGACAUACUCACAGAACACGGAUUAAUGCAGUAUUUUAAAAACGAUCAAUCACCAAUCAAAAAUACAACGAUAGCUAAUAAACGUUAAGUUUACGUGGAAAACAAGACAAAGCCCAGCAUGACUUUAACACGCACAGCCAAGUAAGAGUUUAUUGACAAAGUAAAAUUAAUUACAUACUCUAAUUUUUGCCGUUAAAAAUUAAAUUCAAUUAAGCUGCUUUUGCUUGUAAGUGAAAGAAGUGUUUCGCGCGCUCGAAAGCUCCGCGUGUGCCAUCAGCGUAAAUGGAAAAACGCUGAUCAGCUUAAACUUGCGCUUGAAUUCGUGGUUCUGCGUGAGCGUUGCUAUCUGGCACUGGUAUCUUAUGCCCGACAAAUGUAAGACAAUACGAUAAUUGUUGAAGUAGUCUCAAGCUUUCAACUGGACUCCAUCUAUCAGCAAACCGAUGAAUCGCUCGUUCCACUCGGAGGGAUACAUAGAAAGCAGCGCUUGGAGUACGAAUUUGUUCCAGGGGAGAACUUUUGUGCUCAUAUAAGUAUGUCGACGAUGCAGUCUGUACAACUUGUUGACGUUGGCACUUGAACGCACGAGCAGCUCGGCUAAACUCUCUGGUAUAACAGCACAACACGCCGAUCCACAGGAGUAUCCAUAUUAUUUUUCGGAAAUAUGUCGCUGAGGGUGGGUUCUUUCUCACGGAUUACCUUCAAUAUCAGACUCUAAUAAUUUGUAACGCGAAGAAGCUCGUUUAUCCGAGCGCUGGUGUAUUUAUAAUAAUAAGCAUUGAAAUAAAUUCUAAAA